AUGGGUAGGUUGCAUUCACGUGGACGAUCCUUUUCAAAUGAACUUAUGACUAGUGGUAACUCCAAGAGGCGACAUGAUAAGAAAAGAAGGACUGUGCCCUUAAGUUUAAUUGGACAAGAUGACAGUCCUAGUGAGGCACUGCGAAAGGGACCUAAAGAAAAAUUAGUUUCAGAUUCGGUUGAGAACAGAAUUGCUCUUUUAAAGCGGUUGAAAACCAAGUCCAAUGGUCACCUAUUUGAUCGUCUGAAGAUGUGUACCGAUACUGAACCUCAAGAAAAGACGCCAAAAGUGCAGGAAUUGCGUCAAGGGACAGGAUCAGGGCUGGUUGAACCGACGACAGCGACAGAUGAGACAUCCACAAGUUCUGUGACUAAAGAAAAGGUGGUUUUGGGGAUUUCUCAGGGUUUAAAGAGUGAGGGCUAUUUAGGUCUGGUUAUGGAUUCUUCCGAUAGUUAUAUGCGUACAAUAAAUAUGAGGAGCAACCGUGUGCCAUCGCAAGAAGAAAUGAAAAGACUUAAUAUUGACUACAUACCUAACUUUUCCUCGAAUAAAACAAAUGCAAAUAACUUUAAAGCAAGAAAACUUGUUCCUAAUUUACAUGGUACUAUGGAAACAUCUAAUUGUGAAACCUCUCGAGGGUUCGAUCAAAUUCCAAGUUAUAAAAAGGUGUAUAUUAAUAAAGGCAGUUCCAAAUGUCCUGACUUAACGAAGCUGAAUAGUAAUGCUUUUGAAUCAGAGCCAGACACUGCUAGUACAUCUACUAGUCGCCACAUUUUUUCACGAUCUGCAAGUGCUAUUUCUUUACAUCGCUUUCUCUCAGGAUUUAGGUACGACCGUAAAAACAAUCAUAAUAACCAUAGUGCCACACUUAAGCAGUUAUAUGUCAAUAAGGGUAUAAAUCAUAUGGAUUCCGAUGGCUCCUCUUCAAAAUUUACCCAUCAUAAUAAUCAUAAUAAUAAUAAUAAUACCACAAUCUCCACCAACAACAUGAAUACCAUUAAUACUACAACUAAUAAUAACAGGUAUGCAAGGAUCGUGAAGCUGAAUCCAAACACUAAUCAUAUUCUAGAUACACCAAGUACGGUAUGCAGUACACCUGAACUUGACAGAUAUUCACCGGAUACGAACGGUCCUCCAGUUCCUCAGUUGAAGAGUACAAAGCUCCCAGAUUUAAGAACAGACAAGGGCGGCGCUGCGUUCCGGAAAGUAUCUAGAGCGCUUGAUUCAAAUAGAAAGCCCACAAGAAAUACAAACAUACAAACGACGCUAUGUGGUAGCUUCCAUGAUGACUGCGCAAUCCGUAACAAUAAACUAGAAAAAUACGGACGCUCUUUUAAUCACUCUUCUGAAUUAAAUUGCAUGAUUGACAGCCCAGCGAGUAAUUUCAGGAACGAUGAAACCUGCGAACACGCAAAGUUAAAAUCAGUUAACAAGCAAUGCAAACAUCAUGACCGUAAGAAUGAACAUGGAGCAGCAUAUGAAAAUAAGAAUACCAAAAAACCUUCCUUAACGACGGAUUCAGCUGAUUCUUGUGAAGCGCCAAAAUUGAAGCCUGGACGUAAAAGGAGAAAGUCGAAAUCAAAGUCGGAUAAUACUCAGCCCGUCGCUUCAAUAUUGAAAUCCUCAAACGGAGGAGGAGAUGUUACAUUUUCCAACCAACCUGCUGUCACAAAAAAAUCAAGGUCUUCUAGUCCUUCAAAAAGGUUUAGUCGCUGUGGUUUCUUGCAAUUAGCUCCAAUGCCGCCCCCAAAGCCUCUGAAGCCUCCAUCUCCAAAUGCGCGUUCCCCUCAUCUUAAUAAACCCAUGAGUGGCUCAACAUCACCCAAUCAAAAAACAUCAAACACUGACAUCUCCAAGUCUCGCGACACUGAAAGAGCUCGGGCAAGGAAACAUGUGACCGAGCAAAAAGCGUGUCACGGUAAGUCAAAAGAUUGCCAUGCCGUAAAUACUCAAUGUGAAGUCUGUGAAGAAAGGCAUGCCCAUGAUAUGGAAAUUUACCAAGCACAUCCAACUGAUGCCUACGUAAAUACAAGAUCCAACAAUAAAAAUGGUGUUCACAUAAACAUUGCGUCAGCGUCAUUGUCCCCAUCUCGAGCUUCUAUUACUGGUCCUAGUCCAUGUUUGUCAAACAGAUGCUCACCUUGUAGCUCAAAUCAGAAUGACGUAUUGCAAUUGUGCCCAAGUUCCAUUCUAGUAAAAGAGGAGGAUCCAAAUAGAAGCCCAAAUUCAGUAGAUAUUAAUACCAGAGAUCAGAAUGAAUUGGCAUUUUUACUGACAGCAAAAGGAGCAGAAAAACACGUCCAUAAUGUAAGCAGGAAAUGGAAAGCUAUUAAAAAAGCUAAAUUAAUUCGCCUGAUGGAGGAAUCACUGGCUAGUCAUAGUCCAAUAAUGUCACAUCCCAAUGUUAGUUCUUCAAAUAAUAUCUGUCAAGUUUCCAACUUUGAAGAUGUUGAUAUUAAAUAUUAUCAGAAAUUGCCAUCUCGACUGGAAUACCUGAAUUUAUACAAUUCGAACAAGGACCAUAGGGACAAUUCAUCUGAUGUGUCACCGAUAUCUGAUAUGUCAUCUACAGAUUAUCCUGUAGGCACAAACAAGAGAUUAGACCUAUCUCCAAGACGUAAAGCGUCCAAAAUAAUUCCGAACUUUGAUAAUUCGUAUCAAGUUCGUGACAGAAGGAAUGGCCUUGAUUCCAAUAAGAAGAGAAAACGCGAAGGCCCUAUUUCUUAUAAUAUAUCAAUGAAUCGAAAUGAUCCAAGUAUCUCUCCAGAAGGGAACCAAUCACCUGAUGAGGAAACCAGAAUACUGCAGAAUCAGGUUAAAGCUUUGGCCACUGAGAUUAUGGAUUAUGAAGUAAAUGUCGCAUCCUUACAUGGGAAGCUGGCAACGAAGCAGUCCGAUAUAGAUCAUUUAAACAAAUUGCAGCUGAAGUUACUGGACGAUCUCGAAAAGACCGCUAUAACUUCCAAAAAUAUUCAAGAAUUAAAGAAAGCAGGCCUAAGAAUGCAAGCAGCUGAUGAAUUCUCACUGCCAAAUUCCUCAGAAUCGUUUACAAAAGGAGACUUCCCUAAUGCGAAUAUAGCAAAACAAUUAUUGGAAAGCAACGAUAUUAUUAUUAAACUAAAUGAAGAACUUAAUUCUAUAAAAGAUAAUCCAAUUAGUAAAAAACAACAGCUGAUCAUGGAAUUAAAGAACAUGUACCAAAAACUUGAACUCAGAUCUCAGGAAAUGAAAGAAAUAUCAGACAAUGUCGAUGCGAAGUUAAAUGAGAUAAUUCAACGUGAGGAGGAUUUUAACAACAAUAUAGAGGACCACCCUAAAUUCAUAGAACUACGCGACACAUUUUUGACUUCUAAGGUUAAGUUAGAGUCUGAGUUACAAUAUUCGAAAUUGCAUUAUUGGAAUUUAAAAAACAAUUCAUCUCAAAUGAAAAGAAAACGGAACAGCAACGUAUCUUGUUGCAGGAGUAUCAACAGUUAUGUUCAAGGCAAAACAAUGCGGUUAUAUCUUUACAGACUGAAAGGUCUAUAA